ACGGAUCAUUAUCCCAAGUGGAUUUCAAUCCUCGCUUGAAGAUCUCGGCGCUGCACUGUAGCUAAAAUGCGAACGCAUGAUAAGACUUCUUCCAGUGGGAUACUGGGACUGAACGAGUUGGUGGCAUUCUCCAGUGCUAAAUCGGUUUUCGUGGACGGUGCAACAUUUCAAAAGACACUAUCCGUAUCCGUACGGAUACUCCCUGGGCUCAGCGGUUACGCUGAUCCGCCGCUCAGGCAAGAUCACAAGGACAGGCUUUAGGUGGAGAAGUGUAGGGAUCUGCAAAGUGU